ACUUCUUACAUUGUCUUGAUCUUUUCAUUUUGUAUAGAAUUAAUAUUGAGUGCAGUUUGUUUAUCAAACGCAUUCGAUUUCCUGUUUAUUGUGUUUCUGGCGUAGAACUAUCCCCUUUUUGUCUCGCGAACUCUGUAAAUUCGUGCUGCCGCAGGUUUCUGUCUCGUUCUACUAAUUGCUACUUUCAGAAUAAUUUGAUCACUGCAAAUCUGUCUGGAAAUUUGUUGAAUCGGCCUCCUUUCAUAAGCUUGUUUGUUCAAUUUAUAUAAGUUCGUUCGGGUAAAAAACUCGGCUUUUAUUAAUCUAUUGUAUGUUUACUUUUCAAUAGCAUUACUUUGUUGUCAUUCGCUCAAUUUUAGCACUUUGGUAGCUACCCAGUUGAAGAUAAUCAAUAUAUAUUUGGUAGGGAUGGUUUUCCUAUGCUGGGAUCGGCCCUCUCCUCAAGAACAGAAGGCCUGCAUCAACAACUUAUUAUCACCAGGUCAGGUGCUUUCAACUACGACUCUAAAUUCAGAGGAGCUACUGCUAAGCCCCUGUCUUAUCUCCAAGAAGACAAGGAGCUCUCAAAAGACGGUUUCUUACUAAACCAUGCGCGUGUAUUAGUUGGUUCUGGUCUAGAGACUUAUGAAAAGGGUAAAAGCGCUCUUCAGACUUGGAGGCAUUUUGGACUUGAUUGGGCAUUUGUUGAUCCCAAGACUCCCAUUCAGAGUGGAGUCAAAUUCUGUGUUUGCCUCAAGGAGUUUCUCCCAUGGGUCAUGAUGCCUCUUGAGGUUGUGUAUGUACAUGAAACUAGAAAAGCUAGCAAGGCCUUGGCUUCUUUUGGAUUUGGUAGCGGUACCCUUCAAGGCCACCUUCUGGCUGGGGAAGAACGUUUCUCAAUUGAGUUGGAUCAGAACAACCAAGUGUGGUAUGAAAUACUUUCCUUAUCGAAACCUGCCCACUUUUUAUCAUUUAUUGGGUAUCCCUAUGUAAAACUAAGGCAAAAGUACUUUGCUCAUCAAUCUACCAAUGCAGUUGUUAAACAUUCGACUGCUUCACAGCAGUAAUGUGAAUGCAAAUGUGAACUCCUUAUCUCAAAAAAGUUUCACCCCUUCUUCGCU